AUGGUGGAGUUCGCGCCAUUGUCCCUGCCAUGGGAGCGCAGGCUGCAGACCCUCAUGGUCCUGCAGUGGGUCUUCUCCUUCUUGGCCCUGGCCCAGGUCUGCAUUGCGGUCUUCAUAGGCCUCCUGUUCACAAGAUUCUGGUUCUUCAGUGUCCUGUAUGCGACCUGGUGGUACCUGGACCGAGAAACACCACGGCAGGGGGGCAGGCCCAUCCAGGCAUUAAGACGCUGUGUCGUAUGGAAGUACAUGAAGGACUAUUUCCCUGUCUCGCUGGUCAAGACAGCUGAGCUUGACCCCUCCCGGAACUACCUUGCCGGCUUCCACCCCCAUGGGGUUUUGGCCACCGGAGCCUUUCUCAACCUGUGCACGGAGAGCACCAACUUCCCUAAGAUCUUCCCUGACAUCCGUCCCCACCUGAUGAUGCUGACCGUGUGGUUCCGGGUCCCCUUCUUCAGGGAUUACCUCAUGUCAGGGGGGCUGGUCACAUCAGACAAAGAGAGUGCCGCUCACAUUCUGAGCAGGAAGGAAGGUGGCAACCUGCUGGGCAUCAUUGUGGGGGGUGCCCAGGAGGCACUGAACGCCAGGCCCGGAGCCUACAAACUGUUGCUACGGAACCGCAAGGGCUUCGUCAGGCUUGCCCUGGUGCACGGGGCAGAUCUGGUACCAAUUUUCUCCUUCGGGGAGAAUGAUCUAUAUGACCAAGUUGAGAACUCUGAUGGCUCCUGGUUGCGUUGGAUCCAGAACCGGCUGCAGAAGAUCAUGGGUAUCUCCCUCCCGCUCUUCCACGGCCGUGGCGUCUUCCAGUACACCUUUGGUCUUUUACCCUACCGCAGGCCCAUCACCUCUGUGGGUAGCUCUCCAGGAGGCUUUCUGGACAUCAUUGACAUUUUGGGCUGA